AUGGGGAACUUAACUUUUGCCGACCAAUUUUGUCGGUAUUCCCACUCUUUCUUUUUGAAACUCCUUUCCAUUUCGCACACUUGCGAUUCAGCGGCUGCUGCCGGCCUUCCUGUCCUUCUCGAGGCGCUGGACACUUCUCUCAAAGUGGGCAUCAAAGGGCCGAGCUCUGGCAUAUGGAAUGAGCUUGAGAUUUCGACAGAGCCUCCCGGAACUUCUCAGACCAAAGUCAUUGUCGAGGCUGGCACUUUGGAAAUUGUGCUCGGAGGUCUGUCACCAUGCCGCCUAUAUUCUGUCGAUGUUGUGACGCUGGCCUACGGGGCCAGAGCCAAAGUCACCACGGCCGAGUUCAAAACACGU